AUGGAAACCUCGGUAUCGAAAUCAUUGAAAAGCGUACUGAAGAUAAACCGAAGUUUAAAUCCCAAACAUCGUGGUUUAAAAAACUGGUACGCUGAGCGGUAUUCACAGACCGAGUUUACCCAGCCGUUACUUAAACGUACACCAAGUCAAACGGAUAUCGCUACAUUCAAAGAUUUAACAAAAAAAGAUGCAUUAAACAGAUUGAAAAAAGAAUUGAAUAAAUUAGUUUUAUCAUCGCCUGAACAAUUACAAAAAAAUGUUCGACAAGAAAUGGAUGGUUUUGAAAAAUUAUUCAGCCAAUAUUUGACGGAUAAUAUUGAACAUGGCUCAAGCAUUGAUUGGGCGGAAAUUGAACCCCCUCCAGAAGGAACCAUUAUACCAUAUAAAAAAUUAUUAGAAUUACCUACAGAUGAUGUCAAGGAUAUUUUAAAUAAAUUGAUUGUUAUCAAAUUAAAUGGUGGUCUAGGCACAACAAUGGGUUGUCAAGGACCAAAAAGUGUUAUAUCAGUAAGAAGUGGUUUGACAUUUUUAGAUUUAACAAUUCAACAAAUAGAACAAUUGAAUCGAACAUACAAUUGUGAUGUUCCAUUGAUAUUAAUGAAUUCGUUUAAUACACACGAAGAAACGGAAAAAAUUUUACAAAAAUACAGUCAUGUUAGUGUGAAAAUAUACAAUUUUAAUCAGUCAAAGUAAGUAGUGUAAUUUUCAUGCAGAAAUAUUGUUUAUUUCAAAUAUAAAGAAGCGAUUCAGUAUUUUUCGAAUAAAUAUUGAUAGAAAUUGUACUAGAUCAAUUCAUCGCGGACAGUUAGGUGCGUUCGAUUUGUUGCAGAUUUUUUGGUUGUAGAAGAUCUUUUUAUUGCAGACAAGUCAUCGCAUGAUCCGUUUGUUGCACAGAUGAUUCGUCAAGUGCUAGGUUAAGUAGAUUGUGACAAAAAUGAAUCCAUAAAUAGAUUCGUAUGACAAAUUCCUUCAUGAGAAAAAAUUCAAGAAGUGAGCAUGACAACUUUCAUACCAUGAAUUUAUACUUACAUUUACAAUCCCGAUUCUGACAUCGGAAAAUGAGUUUGAUAUCUGUACUAUGUUCUAAUGUAUAGAUGUAAUCACCAUCAUAAAUCAUUGGUUUCCCUGUUUCAGACAGCCCUACAAAAAAGUUUUUGUCGGCAUCGCUUAUGCUCAUUAGCGCAAAAUCGACUUUUUAUACGGAGGACAGAAUCGGUUCAAAAUUUUAUCUUGAACACCUUAUUAUACGAAUCGACGGUCAGCAAAGUAUCUCUUGAUUCAAAUCACUUUUCGCAUUUUGGCUCGAAUAGUAGCGCCCCUUAAAACGCGAUGACUAAUGUCGCGCUAUUCCUGUCUUCUUCUUCUUCUUAUAAUAUUAUAAUCCAUUGUUCUAGCACGAUGAAACU